ACCGAGCGCACAACGAGGAGGUUGGAUGUAGUUGAGGUUGAGCACGAGUUUUAUUACGUUAAACGUUUAACAGCUGUCACAAUCUGUGUGUAAUUACCCACUUCAGGGGUGAACGCGCUUUGCUGCCUGCACUCACAUGGCUACAAAUCCUCCAGGACCUGUUUUCCCAAAUAAGGCCCGGGUGGCAAUCCUGGCCGAGCUGGACAAGGAGCGCAGACGUCUAAUGCAGAAUCACUCCGUCAACAAUCCUGGAGCCAGCGUUUCGCUGUCUAGACCGAGUGUGAAGGAGUUCAGGGACAACGCGGAGCAGCAGCACAUCGCUGCACAGCAGAAAGCCGCGCUGCAGCAUGCACACACACACUCAACGGGCUUCUUCGUGACCCAAGACUCCUCGUUUGGGAACCUCAUCCUGCCUGUGCUGCCACGCCUGGAACCGGAUUCUUGACCUUGUCACCUAACACCCCCCCCCCCCCCCCCCCAUGUGAGACAAACACAAUGAUUCAAAACAAGCUAUGAACACGUUGUAUUCAAACAUAUUUCCUCUAAAAAAUUAACAAAUUGAUUAACUGAUUAAUUGAUUUGAUUCAUUGAUUAACAAAUAUCAUGGACACUUUUUACCAUGUUCUAAAUUAUUUCAGAGGUUUUUUUACAGCAGAACUCAGAAAUGAACUGGAACACAUUGAUUUUUGAUUUUUUUUUUUUUAAGGUUAAAGCUCAAAUAGAGGCAGUUAUUGCUAAACAUUUUGAGAUUUCGCCCAAGUUACAGUGCUGUGUAAAAGUUUUGGGCAUCCCAGAGUUAUAAUAAACGUAGUGUUUCUUGCCCCCCCCCCCCUACCUUUUUAUUGGCAUAUCAACACAAAAUUUGUUUCAGCAAAAGUAAAUAUAUGAGCUAAAAUAUUUUUUUAUUCCUAUUCAAUUUAAUUAGCUUAUAAUGCGCCAAAUCACAGCAAAA